UUUAGUGCUUUGUAUUUUUGUUAACCCAGAUUCCAGCAUCUUCACAUGCCUUGGUCCAAUAUACUGCUAUGUAGAAUAUUGCUGUCUGUCCUCUGCUUGACCUUGGCAAUGUCUGUAUCAUUUUCCAGCCCACAUGCCACCAAUUAAACUCUGGUAGCCUAGAAGGGAACUCUCAUGGAUCCAUACCGUGGUCAAUUAGAGACAGCAAUUUCUUGUCCCAUCUUGUAUCUGCAUGUCAUAAAUUGUCUCUUUUAGGUUCCUCAACAGAGUCCAGAGACCUCCCUGCCUUUGAUGUCCUGUCUACAGGCCUUUUGUUAAUCUGCUGCCUCCUAGCUAAUACCCAGUAGCGCUGGCAGUACCCGCUUCUGAAGAUCUGAAGUGUUUCAGUCUACAUUGUUGCACUGGAUCUGUUUGGCCUCACAUCCGAAAGGAGAUCCAUGUAUACCCCAAGUGGUUCAGUGUUGCCUAGUGGCCGAAGGCGAAGAGGCCAAGAUGGGAGUGCCUUGCCAAAGCAACCCGAAAGGAGCUUGGCCUCUGCGUUGCCUGGGGCACUCUCAAUAACUGCCCUGUGUACUGCCCUGGCAGAGCCUGCCUGGCUACGGAUUCAUGGGGGCACUUGUUCUCGCCAGGAGCUGGGUGUUGCCGAUGUGCUUGGAUACAUUGACCCGGAUCUACUUAAAGACUACUGCAUGAACCCCCAGACGGUGUUGUUACUUCGGGUUAUCGCUGCUUUCUGCUUCUUGGGAAUCAUCUGCAGCCUUUCAGCCUUCCUCCUGGAUGUCUUCGGGCCCAAGCAUCCUGCACUGAAGAUUACUCGGCGUUAUGCAUUUGCUCACAUUCUCACAGUGCUGCAAUGUGCCACGGUGAUUGGGUUUUGCUACUGGGCCUCGGAGCUGAUUCUUGCACAGCAGCAGCAGCACAAGAAGUACCACGGCUCGCAAGUGUACGUUACGUUUGCCGUGAGCUUUUACCUGGUGGCUGGAGCCGGGGGGGCAUCGAUCCUGGCCACGGCUGCCAACCUGCUGCGCCACUACCCCACCGAAGAAGAGGAGCAGGCCUUGGAGCUCCUGUCCGAGAUGGAGGAGAAUGAACCUUACCCCGCAGAGUACGAAGGGAUCAACCAGUUCCAGCCCCCACCGGCUUACACCCCAUAAUGCUCCCCCUGGAUGAUGGCUGGGGCAAGGAGGAUUUCUUCCAGCCCACCCCCAAAGUCAACCUGCACACAAUUGCUUGGGAAUACGUUCCCUUCUCUUCCUGGAACCUCGCGUGGGCGCUUCUCCCCUUCUCCCCCCCCUCCAGUGAUUUGCUCACUUGUACCGUUUCCUGGCUAGGGAGAGGACAGCUGCCCAAGCAGAAGACUUGCUCGUGCAGUGGCCUCUGAAGCAGCCGCGUUCUGAAGCAAUUGGGUGACCGUUGGGGGCUGGGUUCUGAACCUCGUGCGUUAAGGGGCCACACGAACUGCCCAGCAUUUUCCAGCUCCAGCUUCUAGCAAAGAGCUGCAGAACUCGGGGGCUCCAGAGAGAGGCCUGAAGAGAGGAAAAGCCAAGCUGCUUCAGGAAGAGGAUGUGAAAAAGAUGGCAUGUAGACAGCUUGAUCUGAGUGGGAAAGGGCUGGGGGUGGGGGGGAGGGUUCCACCAUUUUUGGCAUUGCGCUGAGAUGUUUCACGCUGGUGGGGGUGUAGGCCAGAGGAAAUUCAGCGGUCCUGUAGUGCCACCCGCAGAGCCUCUCUCUCUUCUUUGGGGGAAGAGUGGAAGGGGACUCUCAGAUGUCCCCACCUAGGGCCAAUGUGCUCGGCCUUCAGCACCCUGAAAGAUGGGAUUCCUCUAUGCACUGGUUUGUGGAGAGGGGACACAUUUUGGUCGAACCUUGUGCUUCCUGAAAAGCAUGGUUAAGUUUGCUUCCACCAUUGUUUCAUCCACUCCCACAUUCUGCCUCCUGCGACUUCGCAGAAGCGUUUUGCACUUUCUUUGCUGUUCUUGCAGCCGCCUCUUUCCCUAAGCAAUGGGGGGGAGGGAGGGGAAGGGGCAACAAAACGUGGCCUGCUCCAGGAUAUUGCCACUACUGAGUUUGUCUUGAAUAGAUUGGACUCCUGUCUAUGGCAAGGAAUCCCGGGGCUGUCCUUCCAGUUGGCACUCCUGUCGCACAGUUGCCAGGCCUUCAGCCCGCCCCGCAAAGCAACAUAUCAGAACCACAUCCUUUCCCCUCCAGUCUCCAGACUAUAUGCAAAUACUGAUUCCAGGCUUGACUUCCGUGGUUACCUUUUCGGUUUGUCUUUUCUGAACUGACUCCACCCUUAUGUCUCAAACCGUCUCCAUAGCCCCUGAGCUGAUUCUUCUGACCAGCCAGUGUUUCACAGGCAGAAGUCACCCUCUUAGCUGCAGGUAGUAACUGAAAGAGCAUUUCAGAGUUCGCUUUCUGUACAAAGAGAAUAUGGUUAACCUUUUUCUUUUUCUCUGCAUUGAGGUAAAUCUGCUUUGAAUAAGCCAGCAAUGUUUUGUAUUCACUAAAAUGUGCUUUUACUGACUGCGGGAAGCAGCUUACAUGAAACAGAGUGAGAGGCCUAUCAAGGAAUGCAUGUGUAUUUUAAAGGAAGAUUGAGAUUGUAAAACAAAAAAGUAAAACCGGUUUUACUGGAUGGAAGUUUGUUCCUAUUCAACUAGGUGAAAAGAUCAUACAGUGAAACCUGACUGAGAUGUUGGAGGAUGUUUUCUAUGAUAUUGAUGCUGAAGCUACCCUCUGAGGGUUCUUUUGUCUUUCAAACUUAGAGCGGACUUUAAUUCUUCUCUUAUCUGUGCCAGUUCAUGCAGAGAACUGGAAAGGCUCUACAGCCUGAGCAUUUUAACGUGCUGCCAGUAUGAACUGGUAUAAGGCUUGAAAUGGAGAAAGAUAACCCUUCUAUGUUCUCUUAAUUGCAUGGAAGAAAAAUUGGAAGAGAACUUUUAUUAGACUCUGAAGACUUCUAAAAGAUGUGGAGGAGGAGGACAAAGCUGUGGAAUGUAGAAGAAACCUGACCAUUUUUUUUUAAAGGUAGUUAAAUUAUGUGUCCCAAUCUCACUUCUGUGCUUUCCACCUGCUCACAAAACAGCCUGUAGCAAUGGCAGCGGGGCCUUUUGCUCCCUUCAGAUUGCUUCCCAAGCAUAAUUUGGCUGCAAAUGUUGUGCACACUUUUACUCUUUCCACCUGAUCUCUCGUCUUUGGAUCUUGAAGGGUGUAAUGGAAAAACAUGGUUGCUCUGUUCUCCUUUUCUGGUCCAAGGCAGAGAAGCAGUAAGGGAACUUGACUCAUCUUCAGAAUAACUGGCGGCCUCAUUUGCCUUGUUUCAAUAGCAGGACUUCGUGAAAACCUUCUCCACAUAAUCUGCAUAUGAUUGUUUUUAGACCUAGAGCAUCGUUCAUGAAGCACUGUUGAUUAAAUCCAUUGGUACUGGAUUCCUUUUUCUACCAAAAAUAAAACAAGGGUGUAAAUAGCCUCUUACCAAAUAUUUGAAUUACAGCUCGUAAGGAAUGAUCACAGGAUUAGGGAGCCCUGUGCGGCUUCCUCCAUCAGGAAGUGCAAACCCAACUUGGCCAGUAUCUCUCUACAUGUUGGCUGGCUGCCUGCAAAGGCGACUGUUCUGCAUUUACAUGUUUCUAUUUUUUUAAUAAUAGCUGCAUUGCAGUGCAUUUACUCUUGUCAACCCACCUUGAAUCUCUCUUUCUUCAUAAAACUAAUGCACAAUAAAGGAUUAGAAUACCAGAAAAAGAACACCCUUUCUACGAAGGCUGGAGCUGAGGAACAGGAUUCAGUGAAAUAAGGUCUUCUCACGAAAUGCUUGCCCAACAGAAGAACAUUACAUCCCUGCCUGAAGAUGCUUCAAUUAAAAAAGGAAUUCCGUUCUAAAGUGAUGCAGUGAUGCAAGAUCAGCAGUACGCGUGCUACCGAGGGUAUUACUGUUAGAAUACCGUGAGAGCUGUGGUGCAAUGGAAGUCAUGCCUACUGUUGCUCGAAUGGAGUGUAAUCCUUGGCCAGCAUCGUUGCUUGUGUGGAGGGAGACAACACUGCUUCCCCUUGUUCUCCGGAUUAUCCAGCUCAUUGGAAAUCAGCCUGAGAAUGCAUUUCGGGGAAGAGCAUCUGCCCGAGAGAGGAGGAUGACGUCUCACAUUUUAAAAAUAUCGAGCUCUUUUUUCUUCCAAUUCCUCCCUCCCUCCAUAUUAUUCUUACCAUGUCCUUUUAAAGAUGGCAUUGUACCCAUGCAGGAGACGCCACAGUACCGGUCCCCGCCUGUCGCGCAACUCAAAAUUUCCAUUCCAUUUACAAGAGUAGUCGCUACUUAAAUGAUUUUUAAGAGAUUUUGGUUUCCUAACCAGACGAUCAGUUCUGAAUACAGGUAAACGUUACACCUCCACGAAGGUGCUGUUUUGAGGAUCCUGUGGAAGGGAAAUAUUUCUGAAAUAACUUCAUGUUUUAAUAAAAGCUACCACCUAUUUUA